UCGACUAGCUACCUAGUGUAGUGUCACACACACACAGUAGCCGCAGCCGCUCGCCAGUUAACCCUCUUUCAUCAAAAGGACUGACCACUUCCUCACAAAAAAUUAUUAAAUCCAGUCAAACCAUCAUGGCAUUCGCCAAGAUACGCAAGGUAGACCAGGAGAACCGUCAGUUCAAAACUGACUGGACUGAGAGGUAUUGCUUUUUUUUACCGGACCACAACAGUGCUAAGCCCACAUGCUUAAUAUGCAUGCAGACUGUAGCUGUAAUCAAAGCGGACAAUCUGAAGCGGCAUUUUAACUCUAUUCAUGCUGCCAGUUUUAAUGCAAACUACCCAGAAAAAUCUGACCAGCGCAAACAAAAAAUUGCAAGCAUGUUAACGUCAUACAAGCACUCGGUUUUAACUAUGUGUAAAACAUCGGCACAAGAGAUCGCAACAGCUGCCUCAUUACACGUUUCUUGGAAGCUUGCAAGAGCUAAGAAGCCAUUCGCCGAUGCAGAGUUAAUUAAACAAUGUGCAAUCGACAUGGCUAACUAAGUUUUAAACCAAGAGGAACCAAUAAAAAAAAAGAAGUUGUUGAGCUGUUGAAGCAAGUGCCGCUGUCGGCUAACACGGCAACCAGAAGAGUCGGAAGUUUUAGCGGAGGAGUGUUUUUCCAGUCUACUCACAGAUUUUAGGAAAACCGAAGCAUUCUCACUGGCAAUAGACUCGUCUUGUGACCGAACCGACAUGGAACAGCUGUCUGUGUUCGCAAUAUUUUUUGAUGGGAAGACAUUCCGGGAGGAGCUGCUGUGUUUGAUUUCUCUACCCGGGCGUACAACCGGGGAAAUAAUAUUCACAGAGCUGACACAGUUCUUCGAAAGGAAUGGCUUAGAUGUGAGUAAAAUUGUCUCUGUUGUUACCAACGGGGCUCUGUCAAUGGUGGGACACCGCCAGGGCUUGGUAAGCAGGCUUUCUGCCGUUAACCCAGCACUCCUGGCAUUUCACUGCAUUAUUUACAAGUCAGUUUUGUGCGCAAAACUGUGUGGAAAAAUGAAAGAGACCAUGGAUACUGUGACUCGACUAGUUAACUUUGUCCAUGAGAGCUCUAGUCUGCAGCAUCGCCUUUUUAGAGCAUUACUUGAGGAAAUGUCAGCUGAACACAAGGAUCUUUUGCUCCACAAUGACGUUCGCUGGCUGAGCAAAGGCCGUGUGUUGGAGAGGUGUGUGACCUGCGUGAUGAACUUGUCAUUUUUAUCCAGCCUGCAGAGCCAAAAAGCCAGCAACUUUUUGAGCUUUUUAACUGACAACAAGGUGAUAUCAGAUGUUACUUUUUUGUGUGACAUCAUGUCUCAUCUAAAUCACCUUAACCUGCGACUACAAGGCAAGAACCACACUGUUGCUGACAUGUAUGAGGCAAUUGAAGCUUUCCGGUCAAAGCUGCACCUCCUGGAGAGAGACAUUCACUUUCCACGUCUGCAUGAGCAUUAUGAGAAGAAUAAAAUGCAGGAAGAUCCAGCAAUGAAGGAUUUUGUGUCCAGGCUGGCAGAAAACUUCAAGGAAAGAUUUGAAAGCUCCCCUAAACUCUCAGCUGACAUCCUUCUCUUCGUAAGACAGCCAUUUUCUGUGUCAGCUGACGGCCAGUGGACUGCAGAGGCCAAAAAGCUGGUGCCUUCCAUAGAUCUUGGAGAUGAGCUUUGAGCAAAUCAGAUGUUCCCAACACAAGGAUGCACUGGUGAGUGACUUUUGGAUCAACGUGGUUCCCCAAGCUCGUUUUAAAAACACCAGAGAUAUUGCAAUGCUCUUACUCACGAUGUUCCCCUCAACAUACAUCUGUGAAUCAGCAUUUUCUUCAAUGAAUGCUAUCAAGAGCCAGGACAGAAACAGACUCUCAGAUUCACAUCUUGGACAGUGCCUCAGGAUUGCCACAACAGAAUACAAGCCUGACAUCAGAAAGGUUGCCUCAUCCCGUCGCUCUCACUGAUUGAAAGACCGCCUGAACGCAAAUAUCCAAAGCAUGGGUGUUCCAGACAGAAGUGGGCGCUGUGUGUGUGUGUGUGUGUGUGUGUGUGUGUGUGUGUGUGUGUGUGUGUGUGUGUGUGUGUGUGAAUGUGUUUGCUGACUGUUUGCACAGAAUAUGCUCCAGGGGCAUUUCAUAAUUAAAUAGUUGGUUUUGGACUAAUUUAGUAUUUUUCAUUUUUCUCUUAUGUGACUCCUAACACCACUACUAAUAAUUAUAAAAUCACAAUAGAAGUGAAAACUGAUAAAACAUAAAACAAACAUGUUGGCCCUCGGCUUGGCAUGCCUGACCAAAUGUGGCCCUUUUGGAAAUCUAAUUGGGGAACCCUGAUAUACUGUAUUCUAUACUAUUCUACUGUA